AAUCCACCCUAUGCAACCACCCACAAGAACCUCCCAACUCAUUAAUAUACCUCCAACAAAAAUGUAUGCUUCAACUUCAUUUACUUCACCACUCCUCCAUGACCUUCUUAAGGACUUCCACUCAAGAAGGUUACUCUUUCAUUCCCCACUUUACCAAUCAUCCAACUCAGCCAACCCCCCAGCUUCCACAAACACCCAUGAUUCAGCAGAAUCAUAUCUUGGAGAUGGUAAUUUUGAUGCAAAUGUUGUUAUGGUACUCUCAGUCCUAUUGUGCGCUCUUAUUUGCUCACUUGGUUUGAACUCCAUCAUAAGGUGUGCGUUAAGGUGUUCAAAUUUAGUUGUUAGUGACUCAGGGAACAACCCUCCAGCUAGAGUGGUCAACACAGGAAUCAAGAAGAAAGCUCUCAAGACUUUCCCCACAGUAAGCUACUCUGCUGAACUAAACCUUCCAAGUUUGGAUUCAGAGUGUGUGAUAUGCCUCUCAGAGUUCACUAUUGGUGAAAGGGUGCGUAUUUUGCCAAAGUGCAACCAUGGUUUCCAUGUUCGUUGCAUUGACAAAUGGCUAAGUUCACACUCUUCUUGCCCCAAGUGCAGACAGUGCCUUAUUGAGACUUGUCAAAAGAUUGUUGGGUGCAGCCAAGCUAGUACAUCACAACCACCUGUGUUGCCAGUGACAGGAACCAUUGUAACCGUAACCAUAGCACCACUGGAGCAAGAAGGUUUGGUGCGUAAUUACAGGGAAGUUCGCUAAUUUAGUACUCCUUCCUAGCUAGAUUGUUAAAAUUUGCCCUGUGCCUCGAUUUUGUACUAGAAUUAAUGCCUUCAGUUCUGGUUCAGACACAAUCAAUCAUACUCUAUAUAGUGGUUAUUGGUGAGUGUGUGUAAAGUAGAAACUCCUAGAAGUUGUUUUAGUUUUACCCCCUUCCCCCAACAAAAUGUACAAAACUGGUUCAAAUUGU